ACCCAUCCGAAAAUGCCUAUAUUUGGCUGAGGAAAAACUCCACCAUGAAAUAUUAUUAUAUCUUUGAGGGAGGCAUGGGUAUAAUAAAACCAGUCAAGGUCAUGACCUCGCCGCGUUCGAACAGUGUCACAUACAGGGAAACGACAAUGUAAACUUUACAAGUUCAACGGCAAAGGCAUUACAAGUGAAUUCAUGUAUAACCAAGGAAAGCUAUUAAUAUAGCAAGUAACGAGUAUUAUAUGCCUGCGCAAAUCUUAAUCUGUCAUCAUGAUAGUAACUGAUCUCCUCGCUGUUGCAGCCUCUAACAUCACUUUUAUUUUAGUGAUCGCAGCUUCAUUUUUCAUUACUCGUUGUUGGAUCAAUACAAAACUAGAGAACGAGAGGGUGGCUAGAUCUGGAGGGCGUCCACUUCCUGGUCCACGGGGGAUUCCAGUCUUUGGAAACAUGUUCUCCUUGGACAAGAACAGUCCACAUCUGUCACUGAUAAAGUUGGCUAAAGUCUACGGAAACAUCUUCAAGAUUCAGAUGGGUAGCCGACAGGUACUUGUUUUGAACGGACUUAAGGCUAUUCAGAAUGCAUUGGUAAAUCAAGCCCUUGUAUUUGCAGAUCGCCCUGUCAUGUUCACUCUGAAAGCCAUCAACGACGGUAACAUUUAUGGGCCGAGCCUGAGCUUUAGUCAGUACAGCGAAGAAUGGAAACUUCAUCGAAAGAUAACCGAGACAUCUCUCCGCCAUUUUACUGCAGGCGAUCAGGUCCAGUUCGUUGAAAAAUUUGCGCGAGGUGAAGCAGAGCAGCUGGCUGCGUAUCUGAAAGAUCAUAAAUAUGAAAAAUGCGAGGACAUACCUUAUCUUAUCCGUUUGUCUGCAAGUAACCUCAUGUUUGGGUUUAUGUUUCGGAAGCGAGCAUCCUACAACGACAAGCAAUGUAUCAAGUUUAUCAAGCUUUUUGACGAUUUGAGUAAAAGUAUUGGAAAUGGAAACAUAUUGGACUAUCUUCCUUGGCUUCGAUAUUUUCUUUUUGAUGCAGCAUCAGGAUUUUUGAAGUUUCAGGAUAGCUUCAACAAAGGCAUACGGGGACUCAUAGAUGAGCAACAUGAACUGUAUGUUCGAGAUUCCGCACAGUUUAUCAUGGACGAAGUCAUUGAUGUCGAUUAUGAUGAGAACGAGUUUCAACGUUUGAGUGUGACGGGACGAACAGUUCUUCAAAAUGCAUUUGACUUUUAUGGAGCGGGAUUCGGAACAACCGCUUCGGUCAUAGAAUGGGUCAUGGUUUAUAUGGCUUUGUUUCCAGUAGUUCAAUCUGACGUCCAAAGCGAGAUCGAUCGAGUAGUUGGUCGUGGUCGUUCACCAGCAUGGAACGACAGGGACCAGCUACCAUUGACACAGUCCUGUCUUCUUGAAAUCCUGCGCUUCUCAACAGUCAGUCCUUUCGGCAUUCCUCACAGCACAACAAAGGAUACUGUUCUUGAUGGAUACUUUGUUCCCAAGGACAUGGUAGUUUUCGUCAACAUUUACUCCGCAAGUUUUGAUCCUGAGGUCUGGGAACAACCUGAAGCGUUCAACCCUCGUCGCUUCCUAACUGAGGAUGGGUUGCUGGAUGAGACGAAGAAGAAACUCUUGCCAGUCUUUGGCUUCGGUCGGAGACAGUGUGUAGGUUCUGGUCUGGCGAGAAUCAAUCUUUUUAUCUUCUUCACUACACUUCUUCAUCAACUAAGGUUCAGUUGUCUGGACGGGAACGAAUUGAACCUUGAUUUUAAGUUCGGGCUCAAUCUAAUCCCUAAGAAUUUUAACAUACACUUUGAAUCCAGGUAGGGAAAAGGGGAUAUAUUCCGACCUCGAUCACUUGGGGUAACGCACCAAUCACUUCGUAUUUAAUUUCCUCUUGUAAUCCACUUCAAAGAAAUCAUAACAUAAUAGGCCUUUUAAAUUCAUGCUGUCCACUAAGCUGUUUAAACAUGUGAAAUCUGGUUAGUUUUGGUAGAAUGAAGAUUAAAUAUUAAAUUAUUUAUGUCAAUGCGUUUAUCGCUUAAUUGAUUUAUAAUCAGUACUAGUGCAAAUAACAUAUUUAUGUUUUACACUUCCCAAUGAUCAGAAGGCAUUGAAGGGAAUUUUAACACGAAUGGGUGGAUAAGUCUGCGCCUGAAAAUAAGUUGUAGGAAGGAAGACAGAGUAGAAGAAUUCCGUCACCCAUGCAGGGGCGUAGCUAUACCCCUUUUCCAGUAAGUGUGGAAGCCAUUGAUUACCGACUAAUAUCGGCACUGGUUACCAACAACCAGCUUAUUUCAUCAAUAGAUCGAGGGGGCGGAAAGUAUUUUCUUUUAAUUUUUCCGCGAUCGGCCGUCAAAAUCAGCGUGAUUUACGUUGUUAAAUGUUUUUGACGGGUUACUUUCAAAAUAAAGAGUGAAGCGUUAUCUCAUCUUUGUUGUUACAAACGAGAUAAAGGAUCCCGUAAGGCCUGUUACAACC